CUGUUAACGACGACACCCAAACAUUUCACCGUCUCUUCCAAACCCACAUUGUUCUUGUUCAAGAGAGACCACAUCUGAAUCCUGAUCUCCGACCAGGAAUCUCCGAGAACUCGAAGAACCGACAAAAUGACAGAGGCGGCGAUAAGGAAGAAGCCAGGGAUGGCCAGCGUCAAGGACAUGCCGAUCCUCCAAGACGGGCCUCCUCCUGGUGGGUUUCCUCCGGUCCGAUACGCCCGUCGGAUACCCAACAAGGGUCCCAGUGCUAUGGCUAUCUUUCUUGCUGCAUUCGGUGCCUUCUCCUACGGUAUGUACCAGGUCGGCCAGGGCAACAAGAUGCGAAGGGCACUCAAGGAGGAGAAGUAUGCUGCACGCAGAGCAAUAUUGCCCUUGCUUCAGGCCGAAGAAGAUGAAAGAUUUGUCAAAGAGUGGAAGAAAUAUCUUGAAUAUGAGGCUGAAGUAAUGAAAGAUGUUCCCGGAUGGAAGGUUGGUGAAAGUGUCUAUAAUUCUGGGAGAUGGAUGCCCCCAGCGACUGGUGAGCUCCGACCUGAUGUCUGGUGACAUUGUUUCCCCAUCUUUGUUUUUGUGCUGCAUCUCUACGGUGAAAUGUUUUUCUGUUCCAUUCAAGCAAGCUUGAUGACACUGCUUUGUCUUGUUCCAUCCUAGAGAAAAUGAGAAAUAAAUAUGUAGCAAGAAGCCGAGUUUAAUGUGUUGAAAUUCGAAAUACAUCUUAAUGUACACCCCAUAUUUCAUCUUAUCAUCAAUAGACAUCAUUUUCAAUC